AUGAUUACUAUUUUCACUCGAAAUUUUGGUACCUCUGGGGUACCUAGAUCAAUAUUUAGUAAGUUCAACAAAUAUGUAGUAAGCAACUCAUCGAAGGAGUUUGAAGUAGUGAAACUUAUUAAACCAGUUGGGUUAAUUGAUCCACCUUCCAAGAGCACUAAGUAUAAGGAAGGAAAUUCUUUGAAAGAUAUGUUAGAUCCUGAAAAAACUGAGAAAAGAAGUGAAGAAUUAGGUUUGGAAUUUAACAGAUCAGGGAUGUAUGAUAUGUAUACUUUUAGAAAGACAAAUGGUAAAUUAUUUGAAGCCCCACAAUCCUAUUGGAAAGACAAUAAGGCAUUGUACUUUCCUCAUGUGAUUGGUAGGUCAUUGGUUGGGCGUAUAAAUCAAAAUAUUGAAGAUUCAUUGAAAGGUAAAAUUAGUAUAGUGAAGAUAUUUACGAAUCCUGUAGCUGAGAAAAUGACAGAUUCAUUUACUAAAAAUGAGGAAUUAGAUGUUGAUUAUGCUAAUAAAGAUUUUGAAAAGUUAAAAGACUGGAAUUCGCAAAUUGUAGAAAUUAAUUUAAUCGAUAGUAAAGCCAAAGAAAUUAUAUUUAAGCUGUUUGGCAUGUCAAAAUUAAGGAAACUUGUGCCAUCAUUUUUACAUAAAAAUUACUUUUUAAGCUUAAGGACUCAAAUACCAUUUACUGUCAGAGAACAAUUAAUGAUCAAUAAUAUGUAUACAGGGUAUGUUAUGAUCGUUGAUCCGAAUUUAAAAAUCAGAUGGAUAGCUUGUGGUAAUGCUACAGAAGAAGAUUUUAAAACGUUAUGGAAAAGUGUAAGAGGGAUCAAACGAGAAAAUGAGACUUCAUAA